AUGGUUUUAGAGACACUUUCUAACUCCCGGAAGCGAGGUCCAGUUCAAGCACUGUUUGAUCUUGUCGUGCGUGGAAUCGUAAGUGAGGUUAAGCGGCGGAGAAUGACCACGGAUGGUGUUAUCAGCCACGCCGAGCUGCACGGCUCAUCGCAAUCAAAACCGGAAAAUGAAGAAUCCCUCAAAGAAACACAGAAUGGACCUGGGAUCUCCUCCGACGAGGCCGAAGAGGACGAAUGCAUCGAUCUUACCAAGAAGAUUAAGGUCGAAGACAUGAAGAUAAACACAAAUAAAUAUAGCCAGGGAUAUCAAUUAAAAAGAUAUCAAAUCUUCGUCCCUGCUGUGCACGACGUUGAUUGCAAAUUCAUUACACCGGAGAAGCUUUCCGUUCAGUUCACAAGCAAAGACAAAAACUUCCUGGCUGAACAUUCGCAGGGGAGCAAUGAGUACUUUUGUGUCAAUCUCAAAAUGUCUGAGGACGCGAUCGACAAAGAGAAGAUCGCCAUAAGAGGCGUCAGAAGAAAAACAUUCGAAGUUGAAGUCACCUAUUUGAAAGGAAAAGACCCGAUUCCAAAAGCCCCGCCGCCACCAGCCCCCUCGGCGCGGAGUAGCAGCAGCACCUUGAAAUUGCGACCCGAGUCAAAGAGCGAAAAGACGGAAAAGCCAGUGGCAACUGUGGCCCCAAUGACAAAGGCUGGCUACACCGGGCUGAUUAACGUCGGGAAUACUUGCUUCAUGGCGUCAGUGAUCCAAUGUUUAUCCAACAUUCCAGCGUUGCGCGAUUAUUUUCUAUCACGAGACUUCGAGAAUGACAUCAAUUGCGAUAACCCGCUCGGCACUGGCGGCAAAAUGGCCAACGCUUUCUACUUUCUAUUGACACAACUCUGGUCAGGGAAGCACAAAGCGGUAAAGCCGACGCAAGUGAAGCAAGUCGUCGGAGAGCGAGCCCCGCAAUUCCAAGGCUACUCGCAGCACGAUGCACAAGAGUUCUGCGCCUACAUACUCGACCUGCUGCACGAGGACGUCAACUUAAUCAAAUCAAAGCCAUACACGGAGUCUAAAGAAGCUGAUGGACGCCCGGACAAGGUGGUGGCGGAGGAGUCUUGGGACAUUUUCUCGCGGCGCAACAAGUCGAAGAUCGUGGAUCUACUCUACGGGCAGUACAAGUCCAACCUGCGAUGUCCAAAAUGUGAAAAACAAUCGAUCACCUUCGACCCCUUUGUUUAUUUAUCAGGUAAUGAGCCAGAACUUCAGUUAACAUCAAUGUUUUCUACAAACAGUGAUAUGCAACAAGCAUAA